CCACCAUAGAGGAAGUGGAGGGGGAUGUGUGCGAGUUGGAAUCCAAACUCGACAAACUGGUGAAGUUGUGUAUUGGGAUGAUCGAUGCUGGAAAAGCCUACAAUGCAGCUAAUAAGCAGUUUGUUAACGGAAUCCGGGAGCUAGCCCAGCAGUCCACCAGAGAUGAAGUCAUCGAGUCCAGUCUCACAAAGUUUGCUGAGAGCCUGCAGGAGAUGAUCAACUAUCACACGAUAUUAUUCGAUCAAGCCCAGAGAUCAAUCAAGACCCAGCUUCAAACAUUUGUCAAAGAUGACCUACGCAAGUUCAAAGAAGCCAAGAAGCAAUUUGACAAAGUGAGCGAGGAAAAGGAGGCAGCUCUGAUCAAGAACGCUCAGGCCCCCCGCAACAAGCAGCAUGAGGUGGAGGAGGCAACCAACAUCCUCACUGCCACACGCAAGUGCUUCCGACACAUCGUCCUCGACUACGUCUUACAGAUCAAUGUGCUACAAUCCAAAAGAAGAUCGGAAAUCCUGAAAUCAAUGUUGUCCUUCAUGUACGCGCACCUGACAUUCUUCCAUCAAGGAUAUGACCUCUUCAGUGAACUACAACCUCUAAUGAAACUGCUUGGAGGACAGUUGGACCAGCUGGUGGUGGAUGCUGCCAAAGAGAAGAGGGACAUGGAGCAGAAACACUCGACCAUCCAGCAAAAGGCUGCUCUGCAGGAGGUGACUGAGCUCCACUCUUUACCAGACUGCCGCAACUUUUGCGCUUGGAGGUCGUCCUCUGACUUCUCAAAUGACGACACCAAGCUGGAGUACAAUGUGGAUGCAGACAACGGCAUCGCCAUGGAAGGUUAUCUCUUUAAGAGGGCCAGCAAUGCCUUCAAGACGUGGAAUAGGCGUUGGUUCUCCAUCCAGAACAAUCAGCUAGUUUACCAGAAGAAAUUUAAGGACAACCCUACAGUGGUGGUGGAGGACCUGAGACUAUGUACAGUCAAACACUGUGAGGACAUAGAGCGUCGCUUUUGUUUCGAAGUGGUAUCACCCACAAAGAGCUGUAUGAUGCAGGCAGACUCAGAGAAGCUGCGACAGGCCUGGAUCAAAGCCGUCCAGAACAGCAUCGCCACCGCCUUCCGUGACAAGGGAGAUGACGGCGAGAAGCUGGAUAGGAAGUCGUCCACGUCGACAGGGAGCCUGGACUCUGGUGGCGAACCGAAGGAGAGAUCACUGAAAGGAGAGAGUGCCCUGCAGAAGGUCCUGGCCAUCCCAGGCAACGCCUGCUGCUGCGACUGUGGCCAGCCAGACCCCCGCUGGGCCAGCAUCAAUCUGGGCAUCACCCUCUGUAUACAGUGCUCUGGUAUCCACAGGAGUCUGGGAGUGCAUUUCUCUAAGGUCCGGUCUUUGACUUUGGAUACAUGGGAGCCCGAACUACUAAAGUUGAUGUGUGAACUGGGAAAUGGAGCGAUCAACCAGAUCUAUGAGGCUCGGCGAGAGGAGCUAGGAUCCAGAAAACCCCAGCCAGGAGAUCCAAGACACGAGGUAGAGGCCUACAUCAAAGCCAAAUACGUGGACCGCCGGUUUGUACGCCGGCCGUCUGACGAGGAGCUCCGCGAUAAAGUGGUUUCUCUGAGCAAACAGGAGAAGAGGCUGAGCAGCAGUUCUGAACAUCUGCCCCCAAGACCGCCACCACCCACCCCAAAACUCCGACCUGGUUCAAACGCCUCCGGACAGUCCGUAAAAAGUGCGGACAGCGGCAUCCAGAACAGCUCUGAAGGGAGCAGGGAGAUGCUGGCCAACACCCCCUCCAAUAACAGCCUCGCCGAUGCAGAGGCUGCCGAGCCUCCGCCCAUGGCCAUGCCUGCCACGCUGCCUCCUCCGUCGCCCUGUAAGGAGGUGGUUUUCUACGAGCCUAAGGAGUACAGCCCAGGUCUGCAGCUAUACUGGGCCUCAUGCGCCCGCAGCCUGCCAGACAUGGCGGAGGCGCUGGCCCACGGAGCCGAGGUCAACUGGGUCAACACAGAGGAUGAUAAGAGGACGCCGCUCAUCAUGGCGGUGCAGGGGGGUUCGCUGGUCACCUGCGAGUUUCUGCUCCAGAAUGCAGCUAAUGUGAACCAGCAGGACGCUCAGGGCCGAGGACCCCUCCACCACGCCACCAUGCUGGGACACACAGGGCAAGUGUGUUUAUUCUUAAAAAGGGGAGCAAAUCAAAAUGCUGCAGACAUUGAUGAAAAAACACCCUUGACAAUAGCAGUGGAUGCCGCCAACGCAGAUAUCGUCACACUGUUGCGACUGGCCAAGAUGAACGAGGAGAUGCGAGAGGCGGAGGGGCCCUACAGCCAGUCAGGUCAAUAUAACACCAACAGCCCCACCGAGAUGCAGUACAGGAAGUGCAUGCAGGAGUUUAUUAGCCUGCAGCUGGAUGAAACUUAGUGUCCACUCUCAGUAAAACACACCGACAACAUACUAUACAACAAGGCACAUCAGAGGAAAUGUAAAGCCCAGGUUUCAGAGUUGGGGUCAGUUGACUGAAAAACUGCAAAUUAACAGGCGAACACAUCAUAACCCAGACAAUUCAUUCUCGCUUGAUUACAACUUGAAGACCUUCAGGUUAUUGGACAUUUGCUCCACUUGAGUGAGACUGAGUGAACUAAGCCCAACUCUGUCAGAUGUGCUCCUGUGUCCUGCUGUACUAUGAGUAAAACCACCAUCUUUACCUCGCAGCUCCUGCCAGCUGCACCUUGGUGUGUUGUAACGUCAGGUGCUAGUCUGUAUCAAUGUGACAGGGUUAAAGCCAUCGACUCUGGACAUUACUGAAGAGUUUUGUUCCAAAGUGGAACAUCCACAUUUUCAAUUAAGUGACUGUUAACGAUGUAUAAUUAUUGAUAUUAUUGAUUAUAGCACAAUUAAAGGAAACAGUAGUCACUUUUUACUACAUAGUCUUCCUCCCUAGUUAACAAAUUACACCACGUUUUGCUGAUUCCCUCCAUUUUAGAGGCGUUCAGUGAUUUAUAGCAGUUAAUGAGAAAUUAGUUUUUGGGCUAAAAUAAUUUUAAUUUUUUAGUUAGUAUGGUAUAUCUGCUAUAAGUCACAGUAUCUUUGCAAAAAAUAAACUAGCUAUCCAGUAACUGCCACCAGUAUCCAGUGACCUCAAAGUGACGGCAGUUUUCACUAUCUGGCAAUAAUCCUGACUUUUGAAUGACAUUUUUUAUCAUCAGUAUGGAGAGGCGUAGGCUGUGUUUAUAAAUCGCCAAGUUUCAUUUUAAAUUUAGCUGAAGUCAGAACUCAUUUAUGCACAUUCCUAUUAAUGGUUAUGCAACUACUGUACCUGUUUUCCUGCGAUUGUAUGGUUCCCAUUUAAAGUCUUAACCAUUUUCAAGGCCUGUUUACUUAUUUGAACUGUUUGUUGUCAAAAACAUAAUGCAUCUUGAUGUUGUGACAUGCCUGGUCAGAAAAACAAAAAGUAUUUUAGAGGACAGUUUUCUUUUAUAAAGAUGAUUCUAGGAAUCGGAUAAUAAGUAUACUUACUGUACAUGUACAUGUUGUAAAUUUAAAAGUUGCACAGAGGUGAGUGCCAUGAGGGCUCUGUGUUCACAUCCUUGCUUUUUGUUUUCGAUUGUGUGGUGUUUACUUCCUGUUAUGACGAUAUUGUGUCUUGGUUUAUUAGUCGAUUUAAGUGUGCUUGCCCAUUGCCCGUACUCACGGGAAAUCUUGAAUUGUAAGAUGAUGUAGGCCUUUUAGUGCCAUCACAUUGAUUGUAUCGGAUCUUAGUGGGUUUUUACUCAAAUAUAGACAAACCAUUUGAAGAUGGUACAUCGUCAAGCAAGUGCAAUAGUCUAGAAAGCUAUCCACAUGUAACCAUGUAGAUUUUUAUCACCUGCUGGUCCUAGCUUAUAUUUAUCUCAAUCAUAUGGGAGCUUUACAAAAAAAAAGUAGAUAUUCAAUAAGACUGAGGCUACAGAUGAGUGCAAAGCUCACUUUAUUGAUAGUGAAUGAAUAAUGGAAAUGUACCCCAGUUUCUUCCCACAUCUUCCCUCCACGCAGCCCCAAAUCCCACCAAAGCACUUUGAUUAAAUGCUCCUUUCUGCUAAUUGACAUUGAUAGAGCUCUGCUGUUUUACGCCCCGGUGCUGGCAGAACAAUAAGUGAGGUUUUGAACGGCUGACUAGUGUGGGGAAGUAGUUAGAAUAAGGAUUACUGAUUGUGUUGUGAUUGUGUUCACAGGUAAAUGACGUUCUUGUGUCCUGUAGAGUAGAUGCUGAGCUUUCUUUAAGCCCUCUUAGACUGUAGGGAAAAGGGACUUGUGCAUUUCUGUGGUUGACCACAGGAGGGAGUGCUACGCUCAGAAACGUUGUCCGUUUGUUCUAGAAGAAUAAAGCAUCUUAUAGCGAGGGCUAGAUGUGCCGCUUUAGGUAGCCAGACUGUUAUUAGCCUGAAUGCUGCUUUUUAGUAGGGAAUGUUUUGGACCUGAAAGACAAAGAAUGAAACCGAAUUCUUCUUUUUUUCUUCUUUAUUUUCUUUAGUGUGUGCAAUGCUUGUUGAUAGGGAAUGGUACAGAAAGCUACUGCUUGCUGUCGUUCCCUUAAAGGUCAACAGCAGGCACACUAGCAUCACGAGAGGGACAGAAGGAGGUUUGUUUUUAGCAGAAGGGGUUAGAGUAGAGUCUGAAGUGUGAGCUUCCAGUCGCUGAAAGAUCCUCACGCCGUCCUGUUUGAUACCCAACAGCCUCUUCAUCAGCGCCUCCAAUCAGUUGAUGAAUGAUGGGACUGAUGAGGGAUAUUCAGGGGUGAUGAAUGUGAGGGAGAGCUAACCUCAUCAAUCCUCCCUCCUCCUUUUUUAUUAAAAUUACAGCUCCCUCGACUCAAGUGUUUCUACCUGAUUGAGUGUGUAGACGAAGUGCAGAGCGGCGGUUCUCAGCUUGUGGGUUUCUGUGUGAUUUAUGUGAGCAUUAAAACAUUGAUUUAUGAAACCCAGAGGGAAGUAUAUAUAUAUUUUUAAAAAAACAUAAUGUUGAUUCUUUUAAUAGUUUUCAUUCAUCAAUAUUUGUCUGCUGUAGUCUUAUAAAAAUGUAUCUGAAAAGGGAAAAUCGACACUUAAAACUCGAACAGAUUGAGAACUGCUGCUCUGGUGUAUAAGGAGGCUCCCCCUCUCUUCUAAAACACACUUUUCUUAUUGCUCUCAUCCUCUUCUCUCUCUGUAAAUUCACUCUCUCGGUUCUGUAUUUUGCUUUUCUUUUCUCACUCUCCUCCCCAGAGUUUGUGCCUUUCUUCUGUUCUCUUUUUUUUUCUUUCUUUGGGGUGCUGAGGCCAACACAGCUGUAUUUUUGUACAUAAACUCCUGCACUUUAAACACAAUACAGUUGUUAACAAAAA